AUGUUCCCCUCCAGCGGAGCUCCCAUGGCGCAACCACAGAAGCCAGAGACAUUCAUGCUCUCGAACGAAGCUCAACAGAGCCUGCCUCAAGAUGCUCAAGUCGCCCUGCAGCAGGUUGACAACCUCAAGUAUUUCCUCAUAUCCGCCCCAGUCGACUGGUCGCCCGAGUCGCUCAUCAGACGGUUUCUCCUACCAACAGGAGAAUACGUCUCGUGCGUGCUAUGGAGCAAUCUCUUUCACAUAUCCGGCACCGACAUCGUGAGAUGUCUGUCCUUCCGAUUCCAGGCUUUCGGCCGCCCCGUCAAGAACCCAAAGAAGUUCGAAGAAGGCAUUUUCUCGGACCUCAGGAACCUCAAGUCGGGGACCGAUGCCUCCCUCGAAGAACCCAAAAGUCCUUUUCUCGAUUUCCUGUACAAGAACAACUGCAUUCGCACACAGAAGAAGCAGAAAGUAUUCUAUUGGUAUUCCGUACCUCAUGACCGGCUGUUCCUGGAUGCAUUGGAGCGUGAUCUCAAGCGCGAGAAGAUGAAUCAGGAAGCCACCACGAAAGCUGUCGCCGAGCCAGCUCUCUCGUUCGAAUUUGAUUCGUCGCAGUCUCUGUUCGAGCAGCUCACAAAGGCUCAGCAAGCUAGCUCUUCCUCUUUUGCUACUGCGAACGCAGGCGCAGGCGCUGCAGCCUACUCUCAGUCAACAUCACCAGUCAUGCGUGCUGCGGACUCCAUGCCACCCCCGAAUAUGCUGCCUCAGCAGAUGCCUCGAUCCAUGGAUCAGCCACCUCAGCCAAUGUACACGCAUGCUCCAAUGCCGGCUCCGAUCCAGACUAAUGUACCACCGAUGAUGGCCCGUCAACCAGAUUAUUCUGAUAUGGGCUCAUACGACCGUACACACAUGCGACAUGCCUCAAUGCCGGCAUACAUGGAAUAUUCGCCUGCGCCGUCAUUUGUAUCUUCCCAUUUCGAGGACUACAGCCACAGGGGCAUGUCCUACGAACCCAUUACCCCUCCUCAGCAUGCCGGUCCUAUGGGCGAGCCAGCCUACAUUGCCAAUGAGGACACUGGCUUGUAUUCUGCCAUUCCUGAGAUGCAGCCGAUGGCAAACUACAACCCGAUGGCUUCCCUGCCUCCCACAUCCAUGGCGGGGCCUGCACCGGCAUAUGCGAACAGCCCUCGUCCAUUCGCACCAUCGAACGUCUACUCGGUCAUUGAAGGCUCGCCCACCUACAAGGCGCGAAGAAGGCGGUCUUCAAUUCCUUCGUCAAUCAUGAACGCAGUUGCUGCAAAUGCAGUCGCUCAGGUAACACAAAUGAAGCAGCACAUGCCUGCUAGACCAAGUGAUCUUCGUCGGUCAAUGUCGAGCUCUGUUCUGCCAAUCGCUGAAGGUGACGAGUCGCAAGCUCAAUCGCCACCGGGAUUGACACACAGCUACCCAUCUUCGAUCAUUCAUCGCGAACACAAUCACCACGAUUUCUCGCGCCACACCACCCCACUUGCCAGCCUCGAGGAAGAUCCCCAGCAGAGCAGCAUGAGUGCGGGCACCGAGAGCUUUCCCAGCUUCAAUGAGGAAACGUUGUCGUACACUCCUGGUAGCGCCGCAGUGCGCAUGGAGCGACCUGGUCCGGUGCGAAGAGCCCGCAGUGCAACGAUGAUGGAGCUUGGCAUGCCUUACAAAUCGCACUCUUGCCCGAUUCCAAGCUGUGGGCGCCUGUUCAAGCGUUUGGAGCAUCUCAAGAGACACGUUCGUACCCACACUCAGGAACGCCCUUAUGUUUGUCGGUACUGCAACAAGGCCUUUUCGCGGUCCGACAACCUCGCACAGCAUCGCAGGACACAUGAGACAAAUCAAGAUGGUCAGCCCAUCAAUCCUACAUCCGAAGAGGAUGACAUGGACAAUGAAGAGAAUGAGUUUGGCUCGCUCGAAGAUGACCUGUCAUCACCCGAGGAGAUGCGCGCACCAGAGGGAUUGAUCCCACCAAUGACUUCCUCCAUGCCACCGCCAUCAAGCCUGAUCAUGCAGCCGAUGAGCCAUUCGAUGGUCGCUCCCAGUCAGCUGGUGCAACCACAGAUGUUGCAGCAUACCAUCUAG